UGACCGUGAUGGUGAUGGAAUUUGAUAAUCAAGUUGUAAUUUCAUAUUGAUUUUUAUUAUAAACUAGCAGUCGCAUUUAAAGAUCUUUGUGUCCCCAAACAUAACACUGAACAGAGUGUUUUAUAAAUAUGUAGAGUGUUUCCGUGUUUUCGUUGUUACCUAGUCGUUAGCAAAUAAAAUCAGGAUGUCGCUGCCUGGGAAUGGAAUUUUCGUGGUCCAGGGUGAGAUGGCCAUGCUGGUCACUGCCAUGCGACGCAGCACACGAUGGGGCUCCCACUCUUUCCCAAACGAGGAGUACGACGUCCUUAUGAGAACUUUCCAGGACCUUAAGACAAUAUUGAACCAAGUAGAGGAUUUACGACUUCUUGAUCCACCGACGUAUUUAAGCCCCUUUCUGGAGGUAAUCAGGAGUAAAGAGACGACUGGGCCGGUCACAAGCCUUGCUCUUUCUGCCAUACACAAAUUCUUAUCAUAUGGACUUAUAGAUCCAACACAUCCAAGUGUGCCGGCCACUGUAGAGGACAUUGCAGAUGCAGUCACCCAUGCUCGGUUUGUCGGCACUGAUCACUCCUCUGAUGGUGUUGUGCUUAUGAAGAUUUUACAAGUUCUCCGCACUCUUAUGUUAAGUCCAGAGGGCGCCAUGUUGACAGAUGAGAGUGUCUGUGAGAUAAUGCUGAGCUGCUUUAGAAUAUGUUUUGAAACCAGACUAACAGAGUUACUCCGGCGCAAUGCAGAGCAAUGCCUGCGCGACAUGACGCAACUGAUCUUCAUGCGGCUGCCGCAGUUCCCGCCAGAAGACGCCGGCGCGCACCUCUCCACGCUCAGCCUCUCUCUUAAGAAGCGAGACAAGUCCACUAAGAAGAAAUCUAUGAGUACAGCACAUAGUACUAAUUCGCUUGACAGAAAGUCAUCUCUGACGGACAGGGCGACCUCCCCCACUGUUGACAAUGUGGAAACUGAUUCAAAAGUGGACGCUACCCAUAGUCUGAAUCAAGACAAGAACCUGAUGAACGAGGCGGAGAUAACGAUAGAGCCUGUAGAGCAGCAGGUGAAAAGUCCGGGCAAGAAGCACGCGCGCCACUCCUCCAUGGACCUGGCGCACGGGAACCCCUCCAUCUCCCAGCUGCUGGAGAAGUGCGUCAGCAGCACUGACACACUGGACUCGCAGCACGUCCAACACGACGCACACAACUCUCAGCUCCCCGAGGAGACCAAAGAUGAUGUCCCACAAGCGGAGGAGGAGGAGGUGAAAGAUGAGACACAGAAGGAGGUGGAGGAGAAGCUGGAGGAGUACGUGAACCACCGCGGCAUCAGGUUCACGCCACAGGAGGAGACGCCCAACCUGCAGCCCUACGGCCUCGUCUGUGUCAGGGAACUCUUUAGGUUCGUGAUAUCACUGUGCAACCCGCUGGAAGGCCAGAACACGUCCGCCAUGGUGCAGCUGGGGCUGGCGCUGGCGGGCACCGCGCUGGAGGUGGCGGGGGACCAGCUGCCGCGCUACCCCGCCCUGCUGCACCUCGUGCGCGACCCUCUCUGCAGGAACCUGCUCAGCUUAUUAGACACGGAAAGGAUAUCGAUAUUCGCACUCGACUUGCAAGUGUCCUUUCUACUGUUCGAGGCAUUACGGUUCCAUCUCAAAUUCCAAAUGGAGGCCUUCUUCAAGAAGAUCAUCGAAAUCAUAUCCGCAGACACUUCUAAAUCUAUCUACGAGCUGAAAGAAAUACAUCAUUUGGCGUUAGAAAGUCUAGCUCAGAUGUUCAGGAUACCUGGCUUUUGCGCUGAAUUAUAUUUAAACUAUGACUGCGAUAUAUACUGCAUGAAUGUGUUCGAAGAAAUAACUAAAUUAUUAUCUAAAAAUGUGGUCUCCUCUACCGCUUAUAACAUACAUUCUCUAUCAUUAGAAGCUUUGAUGACUAUUAUAGAGGCUAUAGAAAUGGGAACUAGUCAGAAAAUGGAGAAGAGUGAGAUAGAGAUAGUCGAGGAGGAGAAGGGAGUGGAGGUGCUGGGGAGGGGCGGGCAGGUGUCAUUAGAGCUGGGUGGCAUGGACGACGUGUCAGUGGUGAGCGACCACGUGACACACGACAUCAGCCAGUACGUGACGAGCGCGCGGACAGCACGACACAAGCCCACAGGCAAACUGCCGACCGAGCCAGAGCUGGAUAAUAUUAAGAACAUGAAAAAGUGGGUGACGCAGGGCACUGAGCUGUUCAACCAGAAGCCGGAGCGGGGCGUGGAGUUCCUGCAGGAGCACGGCGUGCUGGCCACUCCCCUCGACCCUCACCAGGUCGCGCUCUUUCUCAGAGAGAACCCCGACUUAGAUAAGAAGAUGAUCGGCGAGUACAUCUGCAAGCGGUCAUCGCGGGGCGAGGAGGGGACGGGGGCGGGCGAGGGCGUGUCGGGGGGCGUGUCCGUGUUGUCUGCGUUCGCGGACAGCUUCGACUACCGCGGACAGCGCAUCGACAUCGCGCUGCGACAGUACCUGGAGACAUUCCGGCUGCCCGGGGAGGCGCCGCUCAUCUUCCUAGUCAUGGAGAAGUUCGCAGAGAGGUGGCAUACGACAAACGGAUCGCCGUUCGCGAACACGGAUGCGGCGUUCCGUCUGGCAUACGCUAUCAUCAUGCUGAACAUGGACCAGCACAACCACAACGCCAAGAAGUUGAACGUGCCGAUGACGGCGGAGGACUUCGUGCGCAACCUGCGCGGCUGCAACGGCACCGGAGACUUCGACCAGCCCAUGCUCGAAGCCAUCUUCAACGCUAUCAAGAACGAGGAGAUGGUGAUGCCUGCGGAGCGUGUGGGUCUGGUGCGCGAGGCGUAUCUGUGGCGUGUGCUGCAGCGACGCGCGCGCGGGUCCGCUGCCGUGUACCGUGCGCCUCCCCUGCCGCACCACCACUCGCGUUUGCUGCCCCUGCUCUGCCCAUCCGCGAUAUCGGCGUUGUCAGCGGCGUACGAGCGCGCUCCUCAGCCGAGCGCGGAGGAGGUGGGCGGGGCCGGUGCGGGCAGUGGGCGGGGCGAGUGCGUGGCGCUGGCGGCGCUGGGCGGGCUGGAGCGCGUGGCGGCGCUGGUGGCGCGCCUGCAGCCCGACACCGUGCCGCUCGACACGCUGCUGCUCACACUGUGCAAGUUCAGCGGACUGCUGACGCCCCCGCACGCCGGCUAUAUCGCUAUUGGCGUGUCCCUAGGCCAGUCUAUGAAGGCUCAGCUGGCGCUACGACGCGCAUGCGUGGUAGCGGCUCGACACGCAGACUGUGUGCGCGACGCCUGGCGACAUCUGUUGGAGAUACUGCAAACCUUGUACAUCGGCCGAUUGCUGCCCAAGUGCUUAGUGGAGGCGGAGGACUACCUGGCUCCAGGCGGCACCGUGUCUCUCAUCCGCGACACGGCGCGAGGCUCAGACGCCGGCCUGCUCUCCAGUAUCUACUCCUACAUCGCGCUGGGAGAGACUGGAAUGCGUGCCCCAACACCUCACGAGAAGGCCCUCAUCGACGUGGCGACGGACUGCGUGGUCAAAUGUAACUUCCCCGGUCUGCUCAUCACCGAAACUAAAUUCUUGCAGCUGGAAAGCUUACAAGAGUUAGUAAGAGCCAUGGUGACAGUCGGCACACCGCCGGACGCUGAAAGUUUACAGUUAAAUCCUCAUCUAGAAGAUAUCACUAUAUUCUUUCUGGAAAUACUUGGAAAAACGCUUAUACAAAAUCGAGACCGGCUGUCGAGCGUGUGGGGCGAGGCGGGCGCGCACGUGGAGCGCGUGGUGUGGUGGGCGAGCGCGCGCGGGCCGCAGCCGCUGACGCGCGCCCUCACCGCCCUGCUGCGCACCGCCGCGCGACUCAUGCGCUGCGAGCUCUGCGCGCCCCCAGUGCUGCACCACCUCACCCUGCUCUUCCAUCUGCCCUACAAGCUCUUCUACCAGCAAGCCGACGUGAUAUCGUGCGGUCUGUACGAGCUGGUGAAGACGUCGGCGCAGAACGUGCACAGCGGCGAGGAGUGGGGCGUGCUGCUGGCGCUGCUGGCGGCAGCGGGCGCCGGCGCCUGGCCGCAGACCACCCGCUCCCGCCCCGACGGGGACAGGUGGCCCCCCGCCGCUGGAUCAUCCAGCCGUUCGGAAGCGUCCGACGAGGAGACGGAGAAGCGACCGACCAGCGUGUCCUCCGAGAGCGAGCUGUCGCACUCGCCGCACACGCAGGGAUGGAUUUUGGUGAAGAAGGAGGCGAGCGCGGACGGUACGACGAGUGCGGAGAGCGGUGUCGCAGGAGGUCUGUGGAAUGCGGAGAUAGAGGGCGUGGUGCUGCGCGCGCACCGGCCGAGCGCGCUGGCUCGGUGCGCGGAGGCGCUGGCGCUGGUCGUGCGCGACGUGGCGCACGUCACCCCCCACAACUGUCGCGCUGCAGUGCGCGCCGUCAGACUGCUCGCCCGCGCCACACUGCACCCGCACGGUACGAAGGGUCCCCGCGGUGGGGAGGGGGGUGAGGCACGUCGCGGCAGGGGGCGGCGCAAGGGCGGGGACUCCAGCGACGAGGAGCUGGACACGCUCGACCAGUACCACAUGGUCAGCAUACAGCUGCUGGACCUGAUGCACACGCUGCACAGCCGCACCGCGCAGAUCUUCAAGUGGUGGCGCGAGGAGGCAGACCAGGGACACGGAGGUGAGGACUACGACUUGUGGGAGGUGGCAUGGAAGCCACUGCUGCAAGGCAUCGCUGAAUUCUGCACAGACAGGCGCAGACAGGUGGCGAACAGUGCGAUCGCGUACUUGCAGCGCGCGCUGCUGGCGCCGGCGCUGGGCGCGCUGGGCGGUGCGGGCUGGGCGGCCUGCUUCGAGCACGUGCUGUUGCCGCUGCUGGCCGCGCCGCCCCGCAGGCCUGACGCCGCCGCGCGCGCCGACACCGUCAUGUGCAAGGUGUUCCUGCAGCACCUGCAGGCUCUGAGCGCGCGCCCGGGCUUCGGCGCGCUGUGGGCGCGCGUGCUGGGCGUGCAGCGCGCGUUGCUGGCCACGCCGCACGAGCCGCUGCAGGAAGCCGCGCUCGAGUCGCUCAAGAACAUGCUGCUCGUCAUGCACUCCGUCAGGAUAUUCAACACAGGCGACAACUACAACGAGCUGUGGUACCUCACCUGGCAGAUCAUAUCAGAGUUUCUGCCCACACUUAAAGACGAACUAUUUCCCGAAGUGAAUGACAACACGCGGCCCGCAGCUAACCUGCCCAGCCACAUGCAGCCCCCACUUCCCCCAACGCUGCCCACACUCGUGCCCGUCCCCGCCCCCACGCCUUCCCUGCCACCCACCGACACGCCCACUCACGCGUCCCGCCCCCUAAACGUUCAGACGUCCCACGCCCAAUCCCCCAACAUCCUGGUCGCAUCGAUGGCCCACUCACCCGUCAACCUCAUCCAAACCCCACCCAUGGCCACACCCUCACUGGUGGCACCGACACCGAUCAAUAUGUCGGGCUCGGCACCGACUGCAGUCGGCGCGGGACCAACUGCAGUUAGCGCCGUCCCUCCUGCGGCCCCAGCAGUCGGGAGCGCGGCACCUCCUGCAGUCAGUAACGCUGCACCUCCGUUGGCGCCACUCGGCGGGCUGGUGCCGAUCCGGAACCCGCUGUAUGACCAGACCGGCCUCACGUCCUCUGUGCUAUUGCAGCCUUUGAACGAGAUGAUUUCAACGCCAAUCGGCAUAUCGAUACAAACGCAACCACCCGUGUUGUGUCCGAGGUCAGCAGAGACCGCGCACCCGCAGCCGAUUGCAAACCAAAACGAACCUUAUGCAGGCGUCAUAGAGUCCACAAUCACCGACACUAAUGUUACUAAUGCAAUAACUGAAACACAACAGAGUGACCUGUACGCCGAGUAUUUAUCCAAUCCCUACAACGAAGCGAAAGAGUUAACAAUAUCAGAUUAUGAUCCUGAAGAGAAUCGCUACUUGCCCGACUCGAAGGACCAAAAUGUUCUACAGCCAGAGCCAUACAACACUGCGCCUGCGACUGCGCCUGCGCCGCCUCACAAAUCCUUCAGCGCGAACACUACGCCCAGCCAUAGCGGGAAUCUAGCGCAGUUUCUUUCCACUGAAAAUGUAAGGAAGGAAUCGAGUAGUAUUUUCAACUUUUCUAAUUAUUUCGGCUCCGGAAACGAUCUGACUAAUCCGGGUUCAGAGCUCUUCGACACCUUGACUGCGGCGCAAGAGGGAUAGCAGAGACAACAAAUAUCUUUUGAAUGGGACAAAUGUUUGGAAUUUUGUAAGGUGUAUUUUAUCAUCCUGAGAACCAUGUUUAUGUUAGUGAUAUUUUUGGCACAUCAUUUUGAUCUAUUCAGACACAAGUAUUAUAGAAAAAUUCUACCAUAAUGUCCAUCUCAUCAGAUGAAACUGUAUUUUUAAAUAUUUCUCUAGUAAAAUACUAAAUUAAUCGCUAGUGAAAUUAUAUAACUUGCAGUUUCGUGUUACUUUUUUACAUUUUAAUUUGAUUGUUUAACAAUGAAAAUCCACUAUAGUAUUACUUGUAUUAAAACAUGUUGUAACUGUUUCGAUACAAGUAUUCCGGCAGUGGAGACACUACCCGUAACAUGUUAACUGUGGCCUAAUUAUUGUGACCUACACGUAGUUUAUAUGAAAUGUAUUUAAUUGUUAAUAUAUUAGUGACAAUUUAACUUAUAAA